CAUUCUUAAAUUCCCAUAUUACCCCCCAAAAAAUAAGCAAAUCUAAAUAGCAAAAAAAAAAGUGAAUAAUAUAAUAAAAUUGAAGAUGAAUUCCAAGAUCCUAUUUUUCAUCUUCUUCUCCUCCGCCGUAUUCUCCUUCCACGGCGCCGCCACCGCCGCCUUUAACGUCACCGCCGUUCUCGCAACCCGCCCGUCUUUCAGCACGUUUAACGACUUCUUGACCCGAACCGGAGUGGCGGACACGAUCAACUCCCGCCCGCCUCCGGUCACCGUCCUGGCGGUCGCCAAUGGCAACAUUUCCACGGCGGCGCCGCCGCCGCCGGAGGUUCUGAAGAAAAUCGUGUCCGCUCACGUGCUUCUUGGUUAUUACGACGCCGAGACGCUCCGGACCUUGGGGAAUACGAGCGUCACCGUGACGACGCUGUUUCAGGCGAGCGGUCAGGCGGCGAAUAAUCAGGGGAGUAUAAAUAUAACUGGGCUUGGCUCCGGGAGUGUUGGGUUCCGGUCAGUUGGGGAUACCGGUGGCGGCGCCGCCGCUGGUGCGGCGGCGAGUCUGGUUGCGCCUGUCGUUGCCCAGCCGUACAAUUUCUCUGUGUUGCAGAUCAGCAACGUUAUUGUUCCUCCGGGCAUUGAGAAUAACUCUACAAACACCAAUUCUAGCUCAGCGCCAGCAACGAGCCCAAUCACGCCUCCAUCUCCAAGCCAAUUAACUCCUCCAUCUUCCAGCCCAACAAAUCCUCCUGCAAGCCCAACAAUUCCUCCUUCUGCAAGCCCAACGAGGCCACCUGCUUCCAGCCCGACCAAACCCCCGGCCGCAAGCCCAACGACGCCUCCAGCUACAAGCCCAAUCAAGCCUCCAGCUGCGAGCCCAACCAAGCCCCCGAGCCCAAGCCCAAGGAAAAUGAUAUCUCCCUCACCGGGCCCAUCCACGGCCCCUUCUCCUUCGCCGGAAUCUGCUCCGACCCCGACAGCGCCGGCGGCGGAUGACGAAUCAAGUAGUAAUAGUUCCGGUGUUGGUAUUGUAGCAAGUACAAUUUUGUCUUUAACUUUAUUCCUUGUAUUCUUUGUUUGACAUUGAGGAUUUAUGUUUUGUUUUACACAUUGAUCAAUAAAGUUUUGUUCUCAUUUUUUUAGUCGUUCGUUUGGUGAACGUAGGAGAUAUGAGAUCUGAUAUAUAAUAUAUUUGAUGCCUUUUGUGAUUGUUUGAAGAAAUCUAAAAGGAAUUG